AUGCCCCAACUACAGAAUCUACCACCUGAAGUCCUGUUAUCCGUAGCCGAAUUUCUUGAUCACGACGAUCGCAAGAACCUCAGCGCUGUAAAUGCCAACUUCCGCAGCACAUUUGCGCCAAGUCUCUUCAAAACCCUCAAGGUCGACUGCCCCCUCGCAAAGAACCUGGGGAGCUUUCUGAAAGACACCAUCAGCAAAUUCGGCGCACAUGUUGUCGAAUUGAGAUGCAACGUCACGUUCUAUCCGCGACAGAAAAACUCAGAGAACAACAAUGAGGACACGCCUUGGUUCUGGACCGAUCCUCCCGCGUCAGUUUGGGCUCGUGACAUGGCCGACGUUGACAUCAUCCAUGAAUUGCUUCAAUCCAAGGGCCUACCACAGUGUAAGGCUCUUGCAGUGUAUACGAAUGGUCAUGAAAAUUUCAGCGAGAACGAUAUGGGCGGAGAGGAAGCAGAAUGGGACGAUAAUGACAUGGCUGGCACCAGUGUCUACUUUUGCAGUGAUCCUGAGGAGUGGGAGGAGGUGAUUUCGAUGGAGCACGAGUAUUCAUGGCGUGCGGCUUUGCGGGAUAUGUAUCGCGACAUCGCGGCACUCUCGCCAACUCAAGAUAUCAAACUUCUAAAUUUCCUCCCCAGAAAAGUGUCUUUCUGGCAGGAACCAGAAUGGAGUGCAUUCUUGGGUCGUUUGAAGAAAUUGGCGCUCCAUACCUACGGUGGCGAGAACGAUGCUGUUGAAGAGGUUACUGGACUAGAGGGCUUCGAAGCUUUCUUGAAUGAACUAUCAAGCGUCCUAUUCACCCAUGCGACAGAGCUAGAAUAUCUUGAGAUUGUGGCUCUUGGGAAUGGCUACCUUGAGGCUGGUUCACCAUUCCUUGAUCCUCUUACGAUGCCCAAGCUACAGGAACUUCAUCUUGGAAACAUGGCCGUUAACGCCAUCCUCAUUCCUUUCCUCAGAGGCCGAAAGUUGAACAAGCUCGUCAUCGACGAUUGUACAGCACAGAUAGGUGAUAAGGACUUGAACCCACAGCCAACAUGGAAAGAUCUCUUUGCACGAAUUCGACAGUCUAUUACAACCCCUGCAGAGAUCAAGAUCAUGUUCUCAAGGAAAGCACCUCUCACGAGAGAUGAAGCUCACAGGCGUGAUGAGGAAGGGUAUGUACAUUUAGAAACUGAAGACGCUCAUAUUAAGAGACUGCGGGCGAUGGCGCAUAGCAAUGUGUGUAUUUGGCCGUAUGUGGAUCUUGAUACCAAGUAUGGCUUUAUAUUUCCUGAUGCGGAUAUGAAUGCGAGUCGACUUGGUCGUGGAGAUGAUAUUUUGGAGUUUUUAAUACUGGAGGGGGAAGUUCAUGAAGGAGGCGGGUCAAUUUCCGUGGAAGUAUGCUCAUAG